AUGGCUUCAUUAUGUCUGAAUUCUUUACUUCUACCACCUUGUUCACUUCCUCGUAAAGUAACAGAGACUUCUGCUUCUUUAUCUUCUUCUUAUCCUGCUUUAAGUACCACUGGUACUAGCAGCAGCAGAAGCACGGGAGGAGCCUUAAAGCCUAUAGUUAUCAAUGGAGACCCUCCUACUUUUGUCUCUGCUCCUGGUCGCCGGAUCGUUGCUGUUGGGGAUCUUCAUGGAGAUCUUGACCAAGCAAGAAGUGCUCUUGAGAUUGCUGGCGUUCUGAGUUCUGAUGGUCAAGAUUUAUGGACUGGAGGAGAAACCGUAUUGAUACAGCUUGGAGAUGUACUUGAUCGAGGUGAGGAAGAGAUAGCAAUAUUGUCCUUGCUACAUUCAUUGGAUAUUCAGGCAAAAGCUCAAGGUGGAGCUGUUUUUCAGGUCAAUGGGAAUCAUGAGACUAUGAAUGUGGAGGGAGAUUUUAGAUAUGUUGACUCAGGGGCAUUUGAUGAAUGUUCAGAUUUCCUGGCCUACUUGGAAGACCACCAGUACGACUGGGAAAAUGCUUUUCUUGGUUGGAUUGGGGAUUCUAAAAGGUGGAGAGAAGAUAGAAAAUUGUCUCAGAAUCAUUGGGGUCCUUGGAACCUGGUGAAGAGGCAAAAGGGGGUAAUUGCCAGAUCAAUCUUGUUGAGACCAGGUGGUCCGUUAGCAUGUGAAUUGGCACGCAAUGCUGUUGUUCUCAAGAUCAAUGACUGGGUAUUCUGUCAUGGUGGUCUUCUUCCUCGACACGUUGCAUAUGGUGUCGAAAGGAUGAACAAUGAAGUAUCUUACUGGAUGAAAGGUCUAAGCGAGGAUGAUACUAGUCCUAAUUUCCCUUUUGUAGCUACAAAGGGCUAUGACUCUGUUGUUUGGAACCGCUUAUACUCGAGAGACAUGCGGGGUUUGGAGGACUAUCAGAUUAACCAGAUACAAUCCGUUCUUGAAGAGACGCUGCAAUCACUUGGAGCUAAGGCAAUGGUGGUAGGGCAUACUCCUCAAACUACAGGCGUAAAUUGUAAGUAUAACUGUAGCAUAUGGCGCGUCGAUGUUGGAAUGUCCAGCGGAGUUCUAAAUUCAAGACCAGAGGUACUUGAAAUAGCAGAGAACAAAGCAAGAGUAAUAAGGAGCAAAAGGGACGUAUUUAGUGAACUUCAGGCCGUUGAUUAUACGACACAAUUUGGUUUUGCAGAUUCUGCAGAGUUGGAUGGAUAUAGCCAUCAGUUCCAAGAAAAUGAUCAUGUUUAG